AUGGCGAGGGAGGCACCCCGGGGGUCUCCAACCCCCCACACCCGCUGUGAGCAGGGGGGGUUAUGGGGCUGGGGGCUGGGCAGAGGCACCUGCGGGCUGCGGCCCUUGGCCUUCGACCACAGCUCCGUGUCUGCCAACUACGACCCCUCCGACGGUGACUACGCAACCUUGGGCUCUUCUGAUGUCACCUCCCUCAACGUGGAUAGCACCGGUGUCCCCUCAGGGACCUGGCCUGGCAUCGUCAGUGUCCAGGCCACCCUGGAGAACGGCACGUGGCACAUGUGCUCGGGGGCACUGAUCCACCCCCAGUGGGUGCUCACGGUGGCCCAGUGCUUCUUCAGGUCUGGGGACACCUCCACAUGGAAGGUGGUGGUCGGGGCCACGGAUCUGAGCCAGCCGGGCCCCGAGGCCCAGCGGCGCCACAUCCGGAGGGUCGUGAAGCACCGGCACUACAACAAAGGCCCGGAGAGGAAAAACAUCGCGCUGCUGGAGCUGGACCAGCCCGUGGAGUGCAGCGACUACAUCCAGCUGGCCUGUGUGCCCGACAGCUCCCUGGCCGUGACCAAGCUGAAAACCUGCUACAUCGCGGGCUGGAGAGCCACCCCGGACAGCGCCCCCAGCCCACGCCUGGUGCUGCAGGAGGCCAAGGUGCGGCUCAUCGACGUCCAGCUGUGCAACAGCAGCCGCUGGUACGGGGGGGCCGUGCACCCCCAGGACCUGUGCGCGGGGUACCCGCGGGGCGGCAUCGACACCUGCCAGGGGGACAGCGGGGCUCCCCUGGUCUGCAAGGACAACACUGGUGACUACUUCUGGCUGGUGGGACUGGCCAGCUGGGGCAAGGGCUGUGCCGGGGACAAGCGGCCCGGCAUCUUCACCUCCACGCAGCACUUCCACACCUGGAUCGAAAUGCAGAUGGGGUUGGUCCCGUCGGUAACGGAGGCUCCGCCGCCCGAGCCAGAGCCACCCACCCUCAUCAUUGAGGAAGAGCCACCAGAGCCGGAACCAGAACCAGAACCAGUAUCAGAACCAGAACCGGUACCAAUACCGGUACCCAUACCAGAACCGGAACCGAUACCAGAACCAGAAGAAGAUGAAGAGGAAGAAGAACCAGAACCAACACCAAAACCGGUUAAGUUUAUAACAAUUUCCUUCCCCAAAGCCAUCCUGCUGAGGUUGUUCACCAACCUGCAGGAGUUCCUGGAGUACCUGAGGGACAAGCUGGAUUGAGCACGAUGGGCAGCAGAUCCAG